AUGCCUGGUUUAGAUAGAAGUAUAGUAGAACAUAGGUUGCCUAUACAGUCCAAUUGUAAGCCUUACAAGCAACCUCCUCGGCGAUGUGCCGCCGAGGUUUUGCCUAAAAUUAAAGAAGAAAUGGAACGUUUAUUAAAGGCCGGUUUUAUUCGAACGGCCAGGUAUGUUGAAUGGUUAUCUAAUAUUGUGCCAGUAAGGAAAAAGAAUGGCAAAAUGCGCAUAUGUGUUGAUUUUCGAAAUCUAAACUUGGCCACACCCAAGGAUGAGUACCCAAUGCCCGUGGCCGACUUGCUCGUGGAUGGUGCGGCCAAACAUGAAAUUCUGUCUUUCAUGGACGGGCACGCUGGCUACAACCAAAUUUUUAUAGCUGAGGAGGAUGUCCACAAAACGGCGUUCAGAUGCCCAAGCGCAAUAGGAACAUUCGAGUGGCUCGUUAUGCCAUUUGGACUCAAAAACGCCGAAGCAACCUAUCAAAGGGCCAUGAACAUGAUCUUUCACGACCUAAUUGGUCACACAGUCAAAGUAUACAUUGAUGACAUUGUGGUAAAAUCAGCCAAGACGCAAAAUCAUUUGGCCGACCUUCGACAGACAUUCGUACGGAUGCGAGCUCACAAACUAAAAAUGAAUCCUGACAAAUGUCUUUUUGGAGUAUCAACCGGUAUGUUCCUUGGUUUUGUAGUUCAUAAAAAGGGAAUUGAAAUCGACAAAAAUAAAGCCAAGGCAAUUAUGGAUGCACCUGCUCCUAGCACGAAGAAGGAACUCCAAUCAUUCCUGGGAAAAGUAUAUUUUCUAAGGCGCUUCAUCUCUAACUCGGCCGGCAAAAUUCAGCCAUUUUCUUCACUUUUGAGAAUCAAGGCCGAAGAUGAGUUUGUUUGGAAACCAGAGCACCAAGCGGCAUUCGACCUACUUAAGCAAUACUUAUCAAACCCACCCGUCUUGGUACCCCCAGUGCGUGGAAGGCCUUUGAAGUUAUACAUCUCGGCAUCAGAAAACUCAAUAGGAAGCCUAUUGGCACAAGACAAUGACAAUGGCAAGGAAUGUGUUGUGCAUUACUUGAGUCGGAUCCUCACUGAUGUGGAAACUCGGUAUACGCCUAUUGAGAGGCUUUGUCUUGCGUUGUUCUUUUCAGCAAUUAGGCUUCGGCAUUACAUGUUACCCUCGGUCGUCCAAGUCAUAUCCAAAACCAAUUUAGUAAAGUACAUGCUGACUCGGCCCAUCAUACGAGGCCAAAUUGGACAAUGGACCAUGGCGUUGUCUGAGUUCACGUUUCAAUAUGUGUCCCAAAAGUCAGUCAAGGGCCAAGCAUUGGCCGAUUUUCUAGCUCAUCACCCUUCGACCGAGUUUGAGGGAGCUGAGGAGGUUGAUAUUGGGAUGGUAUAUGUGGCCUCCAUGACCAAUAACUACUGGACCAUGUAUUUUGAUGGAUCUAGUACUGAGUUUUCAGCCGGAGCUGGUGUUGUAGUUGAAACGCCUGAAGGACAAAAAUUCCAGUUCGCCUUCCAAUUAGACUUUACAUGCACGAAUAAUCAGGCAGAAUAUGAGGCUCUUAUUGUUGGCCUGGAGAUUCUCCAAGAGUUGGGGGCACGACGAGUUUUGGUGUUCGGAGAUUCUCAACUUGUCAUCAACCAAAUGAAUAAGGAGUUCAAAUGCACAAGUUGGGGACUUUUAUCUUAUCAUGCUUUAGCUGACCAGCUCGCCAACACGUUCGACAGAAUCUCUUUCGCACAACUCCCAAGGGGACAGAACUGGGAGGCCAAUGAGAUGGCCCAAUUAGCCUCAGGGCUACGGAUCCCCGAAGGAGACAAUUCCCGGGUCAUCAAGAUUGCCAAACGUACCCUCCCAGCUUUGGAAGAAAGAGGAGUCUCAGAUGAUGUUUUUGUUAUCGACAUCGAGCCAGAUGAUUGGAGACUCCCCAUUAUCAAGUUCCACAAAAAUCCUCAAGGUAAUGAUGACCGGAAGACUCGGUACUUGGCUGGACAUUUCAUUAUAUACAAAGAAGCAGUGUACCGCAAAAGCUCCGAUGAUCUACUCCUUCUUUGUAUAGGGGGGCAAGAGACUUUGGAAGUCAUGAGAGAUGUCCACGAGGGGAUAUGUGGUGCACAUCAGGCCGGAAUCAAAAUGAGAUGGUUAAUUCGAAGGCACCGCUUCUACUGGCCAACAAUUCUAAAGGAUUGCAUUGAAUUCGCAAAGAGCUGCAAGAAAUGUCAAAUUCAUGCGCCUGUGCAAAGAGUUCCGGCCGACGUCCUCCAUCCAAUUGUUAAGCCAUGGCCGUUUCGAGGUUGGGCCAUGGAUAUUAUAGGGAGUAUUAGACCACCAUCAUCAAAACAACACGUAUGGAUUUUGGUUGCCACUGAUUAUUUCACUAAAUGGGUAGAGGCAAAACCAUACGUUACCAUUUCUAGUCAGACAGUGAUCAAAUUUGUGGAGGAAAACAUUAUACACAGGUUUGGGAUACCUGAAACCAUAACGGCUGACAGGGGUUCUGUUUUCAUAGCCGAAGCAAUGCAUGAACUCACAGAUAGUCUGGGUAUCAAGUUGACUCACUCGGCACCUUACUAUGCCCAAGCAAAUGGUCAGGCUGAAGCCAGUAAUAAAGGCAUUAUAAAUAUACUUAAGAAGAUGGUUCAAGAGAAUCCCAUAGAUUGGCACAAUCUGUUAUCAGAGACCUUGUGGGCUUUUCGGACGUCCAAACGUACAGCCACAGGGACAACGCCUUUUGCGCUAACGUAUGGGCAUGAUGCUAUGUUACCUGUUGAGGUGAAAUUGAAAUCACUUAGAUUCGCUGCUCAAAAUGAAAUGGUAGCUGACGACUACACUCAGGCAAUGAUUCAGGAACUCGAAGAACUUGACCAAGAGCGAAUGGACGCUUACAACCGAAUGGAAGCACAGAAAAAGGCUGUGGCUCGUGCAUACAACAAGCGAGUUAAGUCUAAGUCGUUCGCCGAGGAAGAUCUAGUUUGGAAAGCCGUUUUGCCUAUUGGAACUAAAGAUAGACGUUUCGGAAAAUGGUCACCAAGGUGGGAAGGCCCGUUUAUCAUCGAUCAAGUAUUAGGGAAAGGUGCAUAUCAAUUAAGGGAUCAAGAUGGAGAGCUACAUGCAAUGCCUAUCAAUGGGCAAUUCCUUAAGAAAUAUUACCCUACUAGCUGGGAGAUGAUGGAGCAAGAAUUAAAGUGUACCACCUAG